UGAUUUUCAAUAAAAUGUGAGAAAAAUGUUGUCUUUUUUACUCAUUUACUGUCGUUUUAAUUGUCAUUACAUUUAACGCCAUUUCCUUAAUCCGUGUUUUGGCCGCAAAUACCAGUGUUUUGUGAGUGAAUCAGUGCUUUGAAUGACUGCUCGUAACCACGGAUUCAUUGCAAUGAAGUUAAUGUCCGCACGACUCGUAUUGCAAUUAGUUUUGAUCCAAACUCUUGUGUCACUCAAUGGUGUCCACAGUCUAUACGAGGAUCAGGUGGCGAAGUUUGACUGGAGGUCACGAUUUGUGGGACAUUUGACUCAGUUAUCACACAUUCAAUCACCGAAAUCUUCGGACAAUUUAUGGCAAACACAUAACACCAUUGUCUUCGCCACCAGAAGUCAUGUGUUGACAUCGGUUUACAUCAGAAACGGAACCAUUCAAUGGCGACACCUUCUCGAGUCCCAUAUCGACCUCUUGGUGUCGACCAACUCACGCGACUGUCCACUCGUCACCAUCAAUGGCUUAGGCGUUUGGAUCCGUUGCUGGACUCUCGACGGUCUCAUUGUCUCCGAGAAGAGUCUGACCAACGAAUACAUUGAAGACAUAGAAAGCAAUAAGGAUAAUAUUCGUGUGUUUUUCAGCUUAAGUCCAGAUUCGAGUCAAAUAACAGUUUCAAAGUUUGAUUUAAGACAACAUUCGCUCGAAUUGAUUGUAUUUGAUCUGAAGAGUCAGUCCUCGAAGACCACAUCGACUCCCAUCUCAACAUCCAAUUGGUUCACUCCGACCACGUCUUGCAGUUUCCAAACCUCCAAAUAUCUCAUUUGUAUCGAUGAAAGGGAUCUCACUCUUCAGUAUCUGAUUGUCGGCGAAUCCAAGUCCUUCAGCGGUGUUCCUCUGUCUUCGUUUGGUCUUCAAAGUGAUGCGAAACCCAAAUAUCUUAGACUCCAAUCGCUUCCAUACCAGGAGACCAGUGAUAGACCUUAUUUUGGUGUGGAUUUAGGCGGCGAUGGCUAUGUGUUAUUGCGGGCCAAUCACAAGCAAAUGGAUUUGAUUAAAGUGUUUCCCAAAGUGUCGGCCCUAACACUGGCGCCGGUCAUCGACUCCAAUAGUCUGGCCGUCUGUACGCUUGUGACGAAAGCCAAUCCGACGGUUGAAGACGAGCCCCAAUCGCUGACACCGACCACUGGCAUCAAAAUCGCGGCCUUCGAUAUCGACAACUGGACCGAAAUGCCGGCCCUUUCGAGUCAAUUCAUUCUCAAUAACCAUAUAAUUGUCGAUAAGUUAGAGAUAAUUCCUUUAAUAAGAAGUGAUGGCAAACAUAACUAUAAGAUACUGAUAUCGACUGAAGACUCGACACUAAUAAUGACAAACCUAUUGGGAAGGACUACGUGGAAGCGGGAGGAGGCGCUCAGUAGUAUAAGUAGUGCCGAACAAAUAGAUCUACCGCUGAGUGAAUUGGACGCCAAAAUUGAACAAACAUUAGGUUUUGACGGAUCAAACAUUUUCUCGCUCUUUAUCACUAGAAUAUCGACACAAAUAUAUCAGUUCCAGACGUUUACCGCAACUCUAGUCAAGCAAUUAAUCGCAAGUUUAUCUCAAAAGCCGGUCCGACAAAAGUCUAGUGACGCCAACGACGAGGAGGCCAUUGAUAACAGUAUUGAUUCGGCGGUCAUUCGCGACGACAAUGAGUUGACAUUAAUUAGGGAUAAGUUUGGUCUCCACAAAGUGAUCAUUGCUUUGGCAUCCAAUGGCAAACUGUUUGCCAUGGACUCACUCACCGGUGCCAUCAUUUGGUCCAUUUACGAGCCAUUCCUAAGUCAUUCACUCGACGCCAAGAAUAAGAUACCGAUUUGGGUGCAGAGGACGACCGCUCACUACCCGUUCCCCUCUCAGUGCACUGUUGUCAACAGGAAUGGCUUCAUAUUUUCUUUCGAUCCAAUCACUGGCGAAGUGUUGGAGCGAAUCAAACUGGAAGUCGAUGUCUCGCAGACUAUGCUAUUGAGUCAUACGGAUAGCAAUCAUUUGAAACCAAUACUAAUACUCGACGACAAACUGAAACCAAUUAUCUAUCCCUCGUCUGCGAUGUCACUGUUCUUACCAUUGAAAGACAUCUAUUAUAUGUUGAUUACCAAUGAGAGGAACGGCUCCAUCCGAGGCCUCUCUUUCACGGACUCCAAGCAAAACGAAUUGAUAGCCAAACAGAUUUGGGCCAUCGAUUUGCCCACACCUUUAAGUGGUCUUCAAGUGGUGUUUAAGCGCUAUGGAGAGCACGUCCACUCACAGGGAAGGGUUAUGGGCGACAGGAAUGUUCUCUACAAGUAUUUAAAUCCUAAUUUAGUUGCAAUCGUUGGCGAGUCUCUUGACUCUCAAGAAAAACCGACUGUUGUGUUUUAUCUGUUGGAUGCGAUCACUGGUUCCGUCAUUUAUACAACUGUCCAUAAAAGAGCUAAAAUGCCGAUACAUAUCAUUCAUUCGGAGAAUUGGAUUAUUUACUCGUAUUACAACGAGAAGUCUCGGCGAACGGAAAUCUCAUCGAUUGAGUUAUUCGAGGGUUUGACUCAAAGUAAUUCCAGUGCUUUCUCUUCACUCACACGAAACCCAUUGAUCCCAUCGAUUGUCGAACAAAACACAUUCAUAUUCCCCACCGGAAUCGAUGUCAUGGCUGACACUAUCACUGAAAGAGGCAUUACUAGUAAACAUAUAUUAAGUGAGUGUUGUUUUGUAUUCAUUAGCUGUAUAAAUACUAAUAAUACGUGUAUUUGGUGUCCAGUAUUCCUUCCAUCUGGAGGUCUACUAGAAUUGCCGAAAGCAUUCUUAGAUCCGCGUCGACCUCUCAAACCUACUCCCGAGCACAUGGAAGAGGGACUCAUUCCGUACAUUCCAGAGCUACCGAUUCCCGCCGAAGGGAUCAUUAAUUAUAAUAAGACUCUGACAGCCAUUCGAGGCAUACAGACGUCGGCCACUGGUCUCGAGUCUACAUGUCUUGUGUUUGCCUAUGGUUUAGACUUAUUCUACACUCGAGUCACACCUUCGAAGACAUUUGACGUAUUGAAAGAUGAUUUUGAUUUUAUAUUGAUAUCUGUGGUGUUGAUUGCAUUGAUUGCCUUUUCGUAUGCCAUCAAAUGGUUGGCCGCACGUAAAGCCCUAAACUCUUCCUGGAAAUAGACUUUAAUAUAUUAUAUGAUAUAUUUAAUUGAGAUUUGUGUAGAUUUUGAUUAAUUGUAAUUUUUUAACUUAAACUUAACUAUAAAUAAAGAAUUUAUUUCAAAAACAA